GCCGCCUCGUAUGCGCCAUGUGCUCUCCCCUUUCCUAACUAGAGAAAAAAACCUCAAGAAUCAUAUGUUACUUUUUUUUUUUUUCUGUUUUCUGGAGUACACCAUGCCUUGAAUCCCAUCCGAAUCAACCAUAAAACCCAGGGGUCUAUAAAAGCCAAGAACUCAGGGUUUUGAAUACAAAGCAAUGUUCACAAUCCCCUUUUCUAACAACUCCUGUACAAGUCUCUUCAUCACAGCCUUCCCUAAUCCAAUCCCCUGAUACAAAGGAUCCACCACCAUGUCCCAGAUGAUGGCAUUGAAAACAUCGUCCCCUGUGGCUCUAGUAAAUGCAACUGGCUUCUGGGUUUUCUUGUGCUCCACCCAGAGGAGUGAGUUCGUGCUCUCCAAUGCCAGUUUGAUCUUCUCCUAUUGCCAGUUUGAUACCCAUAUAGCAAUUUUUUGUUUUUGGUUGACGGGGGAAUUUUUUGAGGGUUCUCAUUUGAGGAAUUGUUAGGUUGAAUGGGGAUUGAGACAAGUCAAGCUAACAAGAAGGAAAAGAACUCUUAUGAAUUGGAGAAAGAAAAGAAUCCAAUUUUGGACCCGUAUCCAAAUCCAGAAACCAAUACGAAUACCAAAGGGAAGAAGAGCCGGCGACGGCACCACAAGAAGGCGGUGGUGGUAUCGCCGAUUGAAAAACUAUGACAUCAAACCAGAGGAUUUUGGUCUGAGUUCGGAGAUGCCAUAUUUUCGUGCACUUGCUGCUGUGAGAACCCCUAAAAUAAAAUACCUUCAUAUCCAUAUAUCUGACAAUUUCUCGAUGGGUAUCUUCUGCUUCCCGCCAUCAGGUGUGAUACCCCUUCAUAAUCAUCCUGGAAUGACUGUUUUUUGCAAGCUGCUAUUUGGGAAGAUGCACAUUAAAUUGUAUGACUGGGUGGUUGAUGGCCCUUGCAAUGUGUCUGCUGUGGCGAAUCCUUCUGAUGGCUUCUCAGGCUGAAGUAAAAAAUUUCUUUGAAUCAACCUGUGGUGAGGUGAGGACAGAAAUAAAAGAUAUCCCCUUCCCUCCCCAAAAAGAGUUGGCUGUAAGGAGCAUUCCAAUGUUUGACUGCCCUUUUUUUCUUGUAUAUUUUUUCAUUCGUGGGUUAUCCGCUUGAGGCUUUUGGGGGAUCAUGUCCAUUCAAGUCGUAUAGCUUUUAUUGAAUUUGCCAUUGUGAGUUUGUGUUUACAGCACUUAAAUGAGUGUAAAUUCUGAGAGCUGCAUUGUUAUGGGAAUUUUGCUUGUGCUUAGUUUUCCUUGUGCUUAGUUUUCCUUGGAUUUUAAUAUGUCUUUCUUCAUUCAUCCAUUUUUGCAUCUGUUUAUCUGUUUGUUAUCAUAGCUACCUUAAAAAUAUCAUUACCAUAACUUUUUACUGCAUCUUUAUUAGAUUUUGAAGUGUAACAUGAGCUACUCCUCUCUCCAUGUAUGUGUGCACGCACGCGUGUAUUGAAUAAUAGCUGCCUUGAUGUAACAGUAUUUGGCAUUCAUUAGUGCUAAUUUGAAUGAGCUUCCCUUAACAAUAUAUUCUAGCUUAUGAUCUUCUUUGUGGAGGGGGUACAGAGGUUUGGAAGGUUGCUUGACUAUUUUGAAAUCUAUUUUUAAAGUUUCAAAUUUUACCUUGUUGGAGAUCUAAGUAAAAUUCAAUUUUCAACAUUCUAUACCUAGUUAGAUUUUACUAGGUAUAGAAUGUUGAAAAUUGAAUUUUCAUAUUUAAGUCCUUUAUAUUGAACUAAUGGAAAGGGAAUUGUCCUGCUUUCUAUUUGCUUAAGAGUAAUUUUGCAUUCACUUUUACUCAUUGAGGUGUUUUUCCUUGAUGCAGAUUAUGGCUUUAUCCUUGAUUUGACUAUGGGGCAUAAUUAAUGUUUGAAGAGAUAUUAUUAUGGGACCAGAAUAUUCAUGAAUAAAUAUGGAGUGGAAUGGUCCAGAUCUUCUUGCUAGCAUGGGUAUUUACCGAGAAAAUAUGGCCAGACAUGACUUGGUUCACUUUUGUGAUAUUGUAAUCUAUAUUUGUAGUGAUAUAAUUAUCGCCUAAUACUGAAGUUUGUAGGUUGGAGUCUAUAUUGGAUUUCUUAGUGUUUCAAUUGCAUUGCAAGUGUAUACUUUUCUUUGCAUGUAUUAAAUUUAUGAACUUCAUAAUUUAAUAAAGAUAUCA